CUUUUGAUCACUACAAAUGACCAUAUUGACGACCGUGUUAGCCCAUCUUCCAUUCUCUACCUUCAGCGGUUGACUUCUCUUCAUAUAAGUGCCACUACAUUGUAGUCAGCGUUCCCGUGAACCCAUUUCUCUCACAAAAUCAAGCAAAAAUGAAGCGCAAAACCGGCGAUGACGACGCCGCCCCCACAGUGGACAGCGAACUUGCUGGGUCCAAGAAGCGGCAACGAUUGAGCGACGAGGACACGAGCCCUAAGGUGGCCAAGAAGAUCAAUAAGGAGAAGAGUAAGAAGAAGGACAGAAAGGACAACAACGACAAGAACGACAAGAGCGAGAAAAAGGCCAAGAAGUCCAAAAAGGCUACCAAGUCCGAGGAGGAUGUCAAGAUAGAGGUGGACGCAGAAGCUGUGCAACCCGCCCAAGAAACGAGUCAAGACCAGCCCAUGAAAAAUGCAGACGACGAAGCUGUCGCCAUUGAGGCACAAUCCGCCGUCAAGAAGAAGAAAAGCAAGAAGAAUAAGACAAAGAAGGAUCCCAAGUCAGAAACAACCACCGUCAAGGCCGAAUCCUCUGCAGAUGAACCCACCAAGGCAACUAAGGGACAGCACGGAGACAACGCCACUGCGGAAAACAAGUCCAACAAGAAAACCCGCUUCAUCGUCUUCGUGGGCAACCUCCCUUACUCCGCCAAAGUAGCCGACAUCGAGAAACACUUCAACGCAGUACGCCCGACGUCCAUCCGACUUCUACACCAGAAAAACGACCCUACCAAAUCGCGCGGCAUCGCCUUCGUCGAGUUCGCCGGCUACGAUACCAUGAAGACAUGUCUGAAGAAGAUGCACCACACGACCAUGACAUGCAUGGGGGUGGACCACCGCGGCCGUCCCAAGGAGGAGGAGCGCCAGAUCAACGUGGAACUGACGGCGGGCGGGGGCGGCAACACGCAGCACCGCAAAGAGAAGAUUAAGGAGAAGAACGAAAAGCUGAAGGGAGAGCGGGAGCGACGGGCCAUAGAGGAGGAGAAGGCCAAGGUUAAGAAGGAAACAGAGAGGCUGACCAAGGAAGGAGAAAAGAAGGGUGGCCAGGAUGGGAUUCACCCGUCUCGCAAAGCCAUCAUGGCGAAGAUCUCAUAGGAUGACUCCUAGAAGUCUUAAGCUUCGCGAGCUGACGGAGUAUCUUCAAUCCCCCACGAAAAAUAAUCACCAGUCUGUAUUUUUGGUAGUUGAGUACAUAGAUUUUAUGAUACCCACCGGGUUUGACUGGACUGGUCUAGCGCCGCUGAGAAGGAAAAAAACUGGUCACUAGAAAUGACCAGGAUGACGUGUUCACGGAAGGUUCAAGGCUCAACUGAGCAAGUACUGCGAACGUCCAGU